AUGGAUUGCCGUAAAGCAUCUUCAACCCGUGACCCGCCAAAUUCGAGCAUUUCAAAGCUCGCGCCAAAUCCAGCCCGUGAGCUGUCCAAUAACCUGACAAAGCUCUGCCUUGUCCCCGAUUGCCCACCCUCAAUCACCACCCCAUACAUCGCAAUUGCUCUGUUCUGCGGUGUCGCUUGGCCGCCUUUCUUUGAAUUUUUGGCUGCCCGCCGGCCGUUCGUCGCCGUCCAUGGACCGCAGCUUGAAGCGUUUUCAGUUUCCUUUCCUCCUCCGCCCGCUUUAAAUGAUACCAUGUUUGGAGCUCUGUCAUUCUUGUUCGCUUUGGUUGCUUUAAUCCUUUCUUUCUCAAAUGGCUAUGAAAUUGAUGAAGAUAUUUUCAAUGUCAUUGAUUAUGGAGCCACAGGUGAUGGUUAUACAGAUAAUUCAAAGGCAUUUCUAGAAGCAUGGGAUGCUGCAUGCAGCUCCUUAAUUGAUUCCCCACGAGUGUACGUUCCACCAGACGGGACAUUUUUAUUAAACCCCGUCACUUUUCAGGGCCCAUGCAAUGCACUCAGAAUCAGUUUCGUGAUUUCGGGGGUGCUUGUUGCCCCAGAUUCACCUAGCUUGUGGGAUGGGAUGGAUGCAAGUCAAUGGUUAGGAUUUACAGAUAUCAAUGGACUCAGUCUUGAUGGGUUCGGGUACAUUGACGGGCAGGGCCAAUCCUGGUGGGACCAGUCAUGUAAAUACCAUCCUGAGUUGAUUAAUAUUAAGUACUGUAUGGUGUGUAAUCUUGAUAAUCAGGCGUUGAAGUUUCUGGGAUGCAAAGAUAGCAGUGUUAGCAAUUUAAACUUCAUAAAUAGUGCUCAGACGCACAUACUUGUAAGGGGCUGCAACACUUUCGGCAUUCAAAAUGUGAUAAUACAGUCGCCGGGGAAUAGCCCAAACACUGAUGGCAUACAUAUUCAAUCAUCUCAACAAGUCAUUAUCUCCAAUUCUAGAAUAAGCUGUGGAGAUGAUUGUAUUUCAAUUGGUGACCACAUUUCUGAUAUUGAAAUCAGCAGAGUUGAAUGCGGACCUGGCCACGGUAUAAGCAUUGGAAGCCUAGGAAAACGUGGAAAUUACGUACAAGUGGAGAAGAUUCACGUGGCUGAUGCCUUCCUCAAUGGAACCUCGAAUGGAGCUCGAAUCAAAACAUGGCAGGUCGGAAGAGGAUAUGUUCGAGACGUAACUUUCGAAAACCUUAGAUUCAACCACGUCAAGAAUCCCCUAAUCAUCGAUCAGAACUAUUGCAACAUCAGGGGCGCAUGCAAGGAGCGAGAAACGGGAGUUCAAAUAAGCAAUGUGAUUUACAAAGACAUAGUUGGGACAUCCUCCACUGAUAUUGCGAUUAACCUCAACUGCAGUAAGUCUGUACCAUGCUUUGGAAUAUCAAUGGAGUCCGUAUAUUUAUCGUCAGCAAAAAUCGGGAAGAAGGUCACUGCAUAUUGUAAUAAUGCUUAUGGUGAAGAGACUGAUGUGGUUCCUGGUCCUUGUCUUAUUGCUGAAUAA